ACGUUUCACGUGUCUUUACUUGAACAGAAAUGUUAACUGUUUAGGACUUGGAGCCGAAGAAAAGAAAAUGAUUGAAUUACUUCCAUCUGGUUCAUAUAGUUUUAUGAAGAAACUAUCUGUUUAAAAGGGCAAUGUAGUGAGAGUGUAAGCACAUGACAGCUGGUUAACGAGGACGGCUUUAAAAGCACCAUACUCAUCGGAAUACUGCAGGAAUGUCUUAGGAAUGUGAUCACAGGACUAAACAUCUAGCAACAUGGUGACCAGGGACUCUGAGGAGAUAGGGAAGGAUGACUGCCAACAAGAAUGCCAGCACCACUCACACAGCUGGAACAUCUAAAGCAGUUCGUGACACACGCACCAGGUGCAAUUCGCUUUCCCCAUCUGCUCUUUUAUUGCCGGUAAGAAGUCCAACGUAUCCUCUAAGUGAUGCUGAAGACUCCUGUAGAUCGAAUCGGUAUGGCCAGCUUUCGACUCCAAGGCUGAGUCUGAGAGAUUGUGGCUCAGGCGGAGCAACCCCACGGAGCAGUUUUCUGCAUUCAUGUAGCAUUGAUUCACAAAGUCCUCUACUGAAAGCCGUGAGCAUUGGGUGUUUAGGCAAUAGCCCACCAGUUACCGCAGUUGAAGGAGUCAGAGACCAGAAGCCAUCACACGAAGAGUGCCACAAGGAGCCAGGUGAUGGGAUAGGCAACCCGCAAAUUAACCGGAGUACUCUGUCUUUGGGAACGGCUGCUAUUUUCCGGAAACUUUCCCUCAGCAGGGCCAGCAUAUGCUCUCAGACUGUUGACAUUAGGCAGAAGAUUUCAGAAUGGGAAUGCAGAAAGGAAAUAUCUCCCAGGCGGCAUCUGAUGCUGGAGAAGAGAAAAGGUGGAGAUAGGGCCAGCAGUGAGGGAUGCCCCAGUCUGCUACCUUCACCCUGCAGUGAAAAGACCUUUGAUCUGACAGGAUUCAAAAGAAUGAGUAGGUCAUUUUCAGAGUGUUCCUACCCCGAGACGGAAGAUGAAGCAUCAGAUAGAGAAUUGUUUGCCAGACAUGAAAGGUUGUUUGGUAAGAACCAGUCUUCCAAUAUCUGCAGCAAAGAACAUGUAAGGAAACAGGGAUCUGCAGUACUAAGCAGGAUUCAGAAGAUUGAACAAGCUCUCAAGGAGAGUCCCAAUAAGGACCUUCCUCAGUUGCCCAGCAGCUGCUAUGGGAGGGAAAGACUAAGGAAAAAAUCCUUCACACCUAGUGUGUCAGAGGAUAUGAGGGAGACUGGGAGAGCAAUGAAGAGGGGGAGUGUUAGUUCUGUGAUAACAGAACCAGAGUCUGAUCCUGGAAUUGAGAAAGCUACAUUACAGCAGCAACUCAGUCAAAAUUCAGACAGCUCUUACUAUAAGCCUGAACCACUGCCUGAGAGUCCACCCACCAUUAUGGUGAAUCCUGUGCCAAAACCAAAACGCACCUUUGAGUAUGAAGCUGAUAAAGUCCAUAGGAGUCCUCCUAGCAACAGUCUACCUCCAUCGCCUACUCCCACAUCUCCACCCCCGCUCCCAUCAUCCCCGGCUCCCCCUGUCACACGGAGGCAGAAAAAAGAUUCAAACCUCCACAGAAAGAUCCAUAACAGGAAAUCCUUUGAAUUUGAAGAUGCUGUCAGUCUUCAAUCAUCGCAUUCUCCUUCUCCUACUGAAAAUGGUACAUCCACUUCGCCUCUGGAGGUACACAGCAGAUUUAGUUCAAAAAGCACUUUAGCAGAAGAGAAUGCGUAUGAAGACAUCAUAGAUACACCUAAAGAAAAUCCUUAUGAAGAUGUGGAGCUGAAAGGUCGAUACCCUGGCAGAAAGUUACAACUGUCAUCUGAGAAUUCCCUGGACUCUUUGCACAGGAUGUGGUCUCCUCAGGAAAGGAAAUACACUACACCUCCCCAGCUGCCUCCGAAACCCAGCAGUCUGUCAUUGCGUCUGAGUAGUACCAUAGACAGGAGGACCCUUAGACUACCACGCCUGUCCAAAAGACACAGCCAUGAUGAUGUGUUGCUUCUGUCCCACCUUAGUGUGCCCUCUUCCCCCACCAGCCUCAAUGACGACAGCAUAAGCACCACCAGUGAGCUGCUGUCUACACGCCGAUCCAGGAGGAUCCCUAAGCUUGUCCAGAAAAUUAAUGGCAUCUAUAGUGCAAAGAGAGGGAAGAAAAGGCUGAAGAAAUUGUCUCUGUCAAAUUUUGAGAAUGCAUCUCUGCGAGACGAGAACAGUGAGAGUGAGAGUGACUCUGAUGACAGGUUUAAAGCGCACACUCAACGUUUGGUCCACAUUCAGUCAGUGCUAAAGAAAGCUCCCAGUUACCGCACUUUAGAACGGGAACUUAUCGAAUGGCAAGAGCGGGAACUCUUUGAAUAUUUUGUGGUGAUUUCAUUAAAGAAGAAACCUUCGAAGAAUACUUAUAUUCCUGAAGUAUCCUAUCAAUUUCCAAAGCUAGAAAGGCCAACAAAACAAGUACGUGAAGCAGAGGAACGACUAAAAGCAAUCCCACAGUUCUGCUUUCCCGAUGCCAAGGACUGGAGUCCAGUAUCAGAUUUUACCAGUGAAACAUUCUCAUUCAUGCUGACUGGGGAAGAUGGAAGUCGACGAUUUGGUUAUUGCAGACGAUUAUUGCCAAGUGGAAAAGGUCCUCGUUUGCCAGAAGUUUAUUGUGUCAUCAGUCGCUUGGGCUGCUUCAAUCUCUUUUCAAAGAUCCUGGAUGAAGUAGAGAGGAGGCGUGGAAUUUCUGCUGCUCUGGUCUAUCCGUUCAUGAGGAGUCUGAUGGAGUCUCCGUUUCCUGCACCUGGAAGGACCAUAAAAGUCAAGACAUUUCUACCAGGAGCUGGAAAUGAGGUGAUUGAACUCCGUCGUCCCAUGGACUCCCGGUUGGAGCACGUGGAUUUUGACUGUCUUUUCCAUUGUCUCAGCAUACGUCAAGUUAUCAGGGUGUUUGCUUCUUUGCUGCUUGAACGGCGGGUUAUCUUCAUCGCAGAUAAACUAAGCACUUUGUCCAGCUGUGCCCAUGCAGUGGUGGCUCUGCUCUAUCCAUUCUCCUGGCAACACACCUUCAUACCAGUGCUUCCAUCCUCCAUGAUCGACAUUGUCUGUUGUCCAACACCCUUCCUGGUGGGCCUGCUCUCCAGCUCUCUCCCCAAACUAAAGGAGCUUCCAGUUGAAGAGGCACUGAUGGUUGAUCUAGGAGCCGAUCGCUUCCUUCGACAGAUGGACGAUGAAGACUCACUUCUGCCAAGGAAACUGCAAGCUGCUCUGGAGCAGGCUCUGGAGCAAAAGAGUGAACUAGUCAAUCAAGAUUCAGACAGUGAAUCAGAUGAUGAGUGCAACACAUUGAAUAAUCUGGUCUCGGAAGCCUUCAUUCGUUUCUUUGUGGAAAAUAUUGGUCAUUAUUCAUUAUUUUUGACCCAAAACGAGAGGAGUGAACGAAUAUUCCAAAGAGAAGCUUUCCGCAAGUCAGUAGCUUCCAAGAGUAUCCGACGCUUUCUGGAGGUCUUCAUGGAGUCACAGAUGUUCGCUGGAUUCAUACAGGACAGAGAACUGCGAAAGUGCAGAGCAAAAGGUCUAUUUGAGCAGAGAGUUGAACAGUAUUUGGAGGAACUGCCAGACACAGAACAGAGUGGAGUGAACAAAUUUCUGAAAGGACUUGGAAAUAAAAUGAAGUUCCUUCACAAGAAGAGUUAGUUGCAUUCGUACUGUGUUGAUAUCACAAGGACCACUGACUGUUGCACAGCAACUUACUCAGACCCGUUGAUGUUUUGGAAAAAAUGUAUUAUACCUUCAACUUCAUAAAGUCAUCUUUUUUGUCAAAGAUUGAACUGUAACAAUAUCAGAGAAGAAUCCAAAGUGCAACAAAUACAUUCAGCCAUGUUCAUCUUUAAUGCAGAUUGGAUUGUAUAUUGUAAAUAUAUUUACUGUUUUUUAAUUAGUAUUUUAUUGUCUGGAUUUAGCAGUCAUUAUACUGAAUAUCUGUAAUGUGUUGACUGCAACAGAUUUUUGUAAUGCCAGAGUGACUAAUGACUUGGAGGAUGAAUGGUCUAACUGUGCAUGUGCUGACGACACAGUGCGUGUUGGAGAUGGAGUGAGGAACUCAAUCUUCUCAUCAAUUUAAAAUUUGAGUUUUUUUCUGGUGCGAUUAUUGAGAAUGUAUGUGAUUCUAUCAACUUGGAAAUAUCUGUUCCUCAAUUAUAUGAAAAACAAUGAACUAUCAACUUUUCUUUUGCUAUAGCUGUAGAGUUCAGAUUGUAUCUCUUUUGGUCCUCUUUUCUGCAUUUUGGCAACAAAAUGUGAUGAAGUUACACUGAAAAUACCUGAUACAUCUGUUGAUGUUGCUUGAAAAUUCAUAAGCUGCCACAGAAAGAGGCUACUGAAUGAACCACUGACUCUUUUCUGUAUCUAAUGCACUGCUGUAGCUGGGUGUACUGAGACAGGUGCCGAAGCCUUUACUGCUCCGCUUUUCUCACAGGGUAUGACUGGGUAAGCCUUGCUGUAUUUCUAUGCACCGCUUUUCAAAAAAAAUAAAAUUAUUACAUUUCUUA